UACAGGUAGUUCCUGUUUUAUUGACGAACAAGGAUGUGUUUCUUCGACAUUUUUCUGCCCUAAUAAAGAUUUAUAGUAAAGAUUUAACUAUAAAGACUCUACAGCUUGAAGAGUGUUGAUCAGCAGGAGACUCCUUGAAGACUUCAGACAGCUCCUUUUUCUUUGUAGACGUCAUGACACCAGAGGACCUGUUGAACAUUCUGGAAGAUCUAGGAGAUGAGGAGUUCAGUAAAUUCAAAUGGUUCCUGCAGCAGACUGAUGGCCUCCAAGGGUUCGCCCCCAUCAGAAGAGGCCGACUGCAGACGACCAACAGGUGGGACACGGUGGACCUGAUGGUGCAGACCUACAGACUUCCUGGAGCUGUGGACGUGGCCAUGAAGGUUUUAGAGAGGAUCAACAGGAAAGAUCUUCUACAGAGUUUGUCUGGCUACAGCUCAGGACCAGAAGGUGUUCCAGAGUCAACUACCAUCACAUUUUACCAACAGAUGCUUCAGUCAAACUUCCAGGACAGGUUCAUGUGUGCCCUUGAAGGCUGGGCGGCCGAUAAACAGCGCCUGGUUGACAUCUACACAGAGCUGUACAUCACGACCGGGUCUAACGUUCACAUCAACACACAGCACGAGGUCCGACUGAUCGAGAUGAUGCUGAAGGCAGCAGCAGAAAGAGAGAAACCACUUCGACCCAGAGACAUGUUCAGGCAUUCCUCUGGAGAGUCCACACCCAUAAAAACAGUGCUAACCAAUGGAAUCGCUGGAAUCGGAAAAACCUUCCUGUUGCACAAGUUUGUGUUGGACUGGGCUGAAAAAAGAUCCAAUCAAGACGUGCAUUUUAUUUUUCCCUUCACCUUCCGUCAGUUAAAUCCCCUGAAGGGAGAGAAGUUCCGUUUGGCUGAGCUCAUCCAUGAAUGUAUCCCAGAAACUGUCGACAUCAAAGAGGAGGUUCUCAAUCACAUCUUCACAGCUCUGCAGUCAUCAGGAAACACCAACUACAAGAAGAGCAGAUUCAAGCUUUUGUUUGUGUUCGACGGUCUGGACGAGAGCCGCCUUCAAUUGGACCUUCACGCUGAUGAUGUUCGCUCUGUGGACGUAACCACGCCGACCAGAGUAGACGUCCUGCUGAGAAAACUCAUCAAUGGAAAGCUGCUACGCUCUGCUCGGCUCUGGAUAACCACACGGCCUGCAGCAGCCAAUCAGAUCCCUCCUGAGUGUGUUGACAUGGUGACAGAGGUCAGAGGGUUCACUGACCCCCAGAAGGAGGAGUACUUCAGGAAGAGGUUCAGAGAUGAGGAGCAGGCUGAGAGGAUCAUCUCCCACAUCAAGACAUCACGUAGUCUCCACAUCAUGUGUCACAUCCCAGUCUUCUGCUGGAUCACUGCUACAGUUCUGGAGGAUGUGUUGGAAACCAGAAAGAAAACAGAGCUGCCCAAGACCCUGACCGAGAUGUACAUCCACUUCCUGGUGUUUCAGAUCGAUCAGACAAACAAGAAGUACGGACCAGAGAGGUGCAUUCCAUACAUUAAGUCUUUAGCCAAACUGUCCUUUCAGCAGCUGGAAAAGGGAAACCUGAUCUUCUACGAGAGAGAUCUGAGAGAGAGUGGAAUUGAUUUCAUCGAAGCCUCGGUAUUCUCAGGAGUGUUCACAGAGAUCUUCAAAGUAGAACGUGGACGGAAAGACAAACACAAGAUGUUCAGCUUUGUCCAUCUUAGUAUUCAGGAGUUUCUGGCUGCUCUUCAUGUAAGGAUGUCACUUAUUAACAACAACACAAAUGUGACAUCUUUACCUCCACUGUCUCUGCAAAACCUCAUGCUGGUUCUGAGAAAAAACUCCUCAAUGAAGAUCCAUAGGACUUUCAUUGACAAGGCCCUGCAGAGUCCAAACGGACACCUGGACUUGUUCCUGCGCUUCCUCCUGGGCCUGUCACUGCAGACCAAUCAGGAUAAACUAAAGGACCUGCUAAUAAAGACAGAAAGUAGCUCAAAAACCAAUCAGAAAACAAUCCAGUACAUCAAGAAGAAGAUCAGUGAGAAUCUGUCUGCAGAGAGAAGCAUCAAUCUGUUCCACUGUCUGAAUGAACUCAAUGAUGGUUCUCUAGUGGAGGAGAUCCAACAGUCCCUGAGAUCAGGGAGUCUCUCCACAGAUGAACUGUCUCCUGCUCAGUGGUCAGCUCUGGGCUUCAUCUUGCUGUCAUCAGAUCAAGAUCUGGGCGAGUUUGACCUGAAGAAAUACUCUGCUUCAGAGGAGGCUCUUCUGAGGCUGCUGCCGGUGGUCAAAGCCUCCAACAAAGCUCUACUCAGUGACUGUAACCUCUCAGAGAGAAGCUGUGCAGCUCUGUCCUCAGUUGUCACCUCCUGGUCCUCCAGUCUCAAACAUCUGGAUCUGAGCAACAACAACCUGCAGGAUUCUGGAGUGAAGCUGCUGUGUGCUGGACUGGAGAGUCCUAGCUGUGAGCUGGAAACUCUAAGUCUGUCAGGUUGUCUGGUCACAGAGGAAGGCUGUUCUUUUCUGGCCUCAGCUCUGAGCUCCAAUCCCUCCCACCUGAGAGAGCUGGACCUGAGCUACAACCAUCCAGGAGACGAGGGAGGAAAACUGCUGUCUGCUAGGGUGGAGGAUCCAGUCUGUAGGCUGGACACUCUCAGGCUGGACCACGGUGGAGAGCAGAGACUGAGACCUGGUCUGAGGAAGUAUUUCUGUGAACUCACUGUCGACACAAACACCGUCAACAGAUUCCUCCAACUGUCCGACAACAACAGGACGGUGACGGGGAGGGAUGAGAAGCAGAUGUAUCCUCCUACUCCCGACAGGUUCUGGUGGAAACAGCUGCUGUGCAGGAAUGGUUUCACUGGUCGCCGUUACUGGGAGGUGGAGUGGGAGGGCUGGGUUUACAUAGCGGUGAGCUACAGAGGAAUCGGACGGAGAGGACCAAGCAAGGACUGCUGGUUUGGAUUCAAUAACCAGUCGUGGAGUCUGAGAUGUUCUGCUGUUGAAGGUUACUUUGCCUGGCACAAUAACAGGAGAACACCCAUUUCCUCCACCUGCAUCUCAAACAGAGUAGCAGUGUAUGUGGACUGUCCUGCUGGGACUCUGUCCUUCUACAGAGUGUCCUCUGAGACAUUGGUCCACCUCCACACCUUCAACACCACAUUCACGGAACCUCUGUUUCCUGGCUUCAGGUUAUUCGCUGAUUCCUCUGUGUCUCUGUGUUCUCUGUAGAACAUAGGGGUCAAAAUCAUUUUAGAUCAGGGUCCAGUUUGACCUCCAGUGGGUCGGACCGGUAACACAACUGCUUAUUAACCUAUAAUCAACGACAACUCUUAAUGUUUCCUUUACUAAAGUAUAGACAUGUCUAGUCCAAACUUAAACUUUGUCCCAGCACCUAUAAAAAUAUAAAAGGACAAGAUGA